AUGAUGCAUUUUCUCUUUGUGAGCCUCAACUUGCUGCUGGUGGCCCUAAGUGGAGUGAAAAGCUGUUGUUGUCCCCACGAUUGGCUCCCCAUGAACAGGCUGUGCUACAAGGUCUUUGAUGACCAAAAGAACUGGAACGAUGCAGAGAUGUUCUGCAGGAAGCAGAAGCCAGGCUGUCACCUGGCCUCCCUCCAUAGCAUUGAAGACUCAGCGGAUGUGGCCGAGUACGUCUCCGACUAUCUCAAGAGUGGCAGCAAUGUCUGGAUUGGACUGAAUGAUCCAAAGAAACAACGUAUCUGGCAAUGGACAGACAGAUCCAGAACCAGCUACGUCACCUGGAAUCCAGGAGAGCCCAACAACCUUAGGAACAAUGAAUACUGCGUUGAACUUUGGAACCGGUCAGGUUACACGAAGUGGAACGAUGAGAAUUGUGCAUCCUCACGUUCGUUCCUCUGCGAGUGCAGAUUCUAG